UUUUUGUGAUCGCAUUUUUAAAUGUCGCGUGCACGAUACUAAUAGGCAGAUCUGCAAGAACACCAUGGCAGUGUCCGGCCUCCAACCUGGUCGAGCGCUAUACAAUUCCCUUGUCACUCGGCUUCUCCCAGCAUGCGACAACGAUUCCCAAGCUGCAGCUCGUGAAUUGAAGUGGAUGGUAGAAAAAUUGCACUCUCGUAGGUCAAGAUCUGCCUACUACUUUCCACGCCCUUCCCGACCGUCACCUAUUCCUACUUUCGCCCCCACCAUCCUAGAAAGGUCAUUAUCUGAGCUGUGCACAGUGGAGGAACAGCGCCGACUUGACCAGUGGAUAUACGAGAGAGUAGAGAAAAAGAGACCGCUCCAGUACCUGUUGGGUACGCAGCCUUUCUGCGGCUUGGAACUGAAAGUGAGGAGACCAACGCUCAUACCAAGAUGGGAGACUGAGGAAUGGACAAUGAAGUUGAUAGAUGCACUCAAACCUCACAUUGCCACCCGAUCAUCCCAUGAAAAGGAACCAUUCCGUAUUCUGGAUCUAUGUACAGGAACUGGAUGCAUAGCAAUCUCAUUAGCGCAUCACCUUUCGGGUAUUGGGGACGUGCACGUUACGGCUGCCGAUAUCUCCGCUUCAGCACUUCGUCUUACUCGCGUGAACGCACGCAGAUUAGACAUUUCUCCUUCCCUGCUGGAUGUGCAGUGGGUUGAUGUGUGGGACGAUGGGGUUGUACAACAUCUGGGUGGCCAUGUCAGUCGCCGGUUCGACAUGAUCGUCAGCAAUCCGCCUUAUGUAUCGAAACAGGAAUUUUUGGAGUUGGACGAAGAUGUGAAAGAGUGGGAAGAUCAUUGUGCACUAAUUGCAGAUAAUAAUGGAACAGCCUUUCAUGAACGAAUAGCGUUCGUCGCGCAAAGGUGGCUUUUGAAACCUGCAUCGGAGACUGACAGUCGAGUUCCUAUACCUAGACUAGUAACGGAGAUCGGGUCCGAACAAGCUAGUCGCGUGACACAAAUUAUGCAGAAUAGUGGGUUCAGCCAGAUAUGUGUAUGGAGAGAUCUGGCCAAGGCGGCGAGAUGCGUCGUCGGGUAUUGACACGUUGUUUACAUGGACAUCGCAAAACAUAAAUAAUUUAACUUUUGAGCCGAGCUGACUCGUAUGUACAUUCUAAACGACGGCAAGUCAUCGACUGUGGUGUUCAGUUAUUCCGGACCGCCCGUAUUGCUAAAA